AUGCGUGAGAUAAUUGACCUUGUUUCUGAUAGCGAAAAGGAUCCUCCAGAAGAUUUUCGUGCCAAGUUUGUUGAUCUAGUUGGCGAUGAGGAGCAUAGCAGCGCUUUAGCACGCUCCCAGGAGACACCGGAGGCACCACCAGCGACCGACACGGCGGAAGACGGACAAAAAGGCAGCGAAAAGUGGCACAACCAGGACGAAAUUGCCGACUUUAAUUUGCAAAAUGAAUUUUUUGUCUCAGACAGCCUGCCGUUACCGUCUUCAGACCACGAAUUGGACCCUUUUGCUGUCUUUGACGCACAUAGUGGCGCGGAUGGAGACCACAACGAGCUCAAUGUUCCGGAAUUUGCGUCGCAAGACGAAGAUAUCGAUGUUUUCAAAUUAACCUCGGAUGAGGACAACCGGCCCUGGGAGCAGAAUGACGCCGAAACGCUAAACAAGCGCCAGUGGUCGAACUCCUCAGAGGACUCUGAUUCGGAUUCGAUGGCGCAGAACGUGUCUCGUCGUAAAGUCGAGCAGAAAGAAGAAGAUCAAGCGGUUGAGCCGGAGGAUUUAGAAGAAAUGUCCUCUGGUUCUGAUGUUGAGAUUGUACGGAUCAAAGCGGCCAGAUCCCCCUUGAAAGUGGAAAUUGGAACAAAAAUUGCAGUAAACCCUUGGACUCUGACAAGAAAAGAACGCAACCAACGCUUCAAAGAAAGCCUGGAGGCAAUGACAAGCUCCGAGCGGUCUGAUGCAAUAGGGUACAGAGACGAGCUAGACAGUUUUGCCAUUGGUCUUACGGAACGAGCCAAGGAACUCGAGUAUCAGGCAGAAUUAGCUGUCUCACCGGUAACCCGAGGAUUUAACAGAGAUAUGGCCGACAAGUACCGGAAUCUUUCUACAGAGGUUAGAGAAGUCCUCUACGACCUGCAAUUGAGAAGAUACUCCGAGUCGAGCGUUUCAAACUUUAUACGCGUAUCCAGGGCACGGUUGAACGACAAGAACAAAAGAAUCCAGCGAAUGCUCCAGGAUUUCCAGACCAAUCUCAACGCGCAGUCGCGAUCCGAUAUUCCUCACAGAUCCUAUGGGGCUUCUAGUGAGAGUGUUUCCGGAACGGUUGGUAUCGAAGAGCGUAAUCGUAUGGAGUCAGAGUAUGCUCAGCUUCUUGACAAAAUUCACAACAACGUGACGCCGAUGUCAAUGCCAUCCGAACUCGACGUCUCUGAUCUUGAACAUCAGAGACUUGGCCUGGGAUGGCUUGUGGGAGUCGAAAAGGGACCAAAUCAUGGUGGUAUUCUUGCCGAUGAUAUGGGAUUGGGAAAAACUAUUCAGUCUAUUGCUUUAAUGUACGCCCACCCCCCACCAAGCACAGGUCCUCGUCUAACCCUUAUUGUUUGUGCUACGGCACUCAUUCAAACCUGGUAUAGCGAGCUGCAUGAUCGUGUCAAACCUGAGUUUCGGAAACGGGUCUAUGUCCACCACCGCGCAACUAACAAAAGUUUGUUGAUGAAUGCUAACGCCAUUGAAAGACAGUAUGAUGUUGUCAUUACUACCUACACGACUCUUUUGUACGAAACAGAUGCGUACAAUAAAAGACAUAACCGUCCGCUACCUAGUAUACACUGGUGGAGAGUUAUUCUGGAUGAAGCCCACACUAUCAAAAAUCCUGUUGCGAGAACCUCUAUUGCCUGUGCGUCACUCAGAGCCGUGAACCGAAUUUGUUUAUCUGGCACGCCAAUGCAAAACAAUUUGUUUGAAUUAUGGCCACUGAUUCGGUUCCUAAAAAUCAAACCUUACUGGGAUAGCAUGCUCGCAUUCAAGAGUAUUCUUCCUCGAGAGAAGAUUACUAUGAAUGGGGACCGAUCGACAAUUUCUGAAAUCCAAACCGAGUCUAACAGCAUAUUCAAGACUCUGCUGAGUGUUAUUCUUCUUCGACGUCGAAAAACCACGUUGAUCAACGGCCGCAAAAUUUUAGAGGGUCUUCCUCCGAAGACUACUUACAGUAUGAUGCUGACACCCUCGCCAGCGGAGCUGGAGAGCUAUAGAGAGGUUGAAGCAGGCCUAAUCAAGAUUUUGAAAACCAAGCGACUCGCCCUUAACGAGUUUUCCAUGUCUAAUAUCUUGUCAGCGCUUCUUCGGAUGCGCCAGCAGGCUUGCCAUCCUUAUUUGAUUGCACUUACAGCCCUUAUCAGAGGGACCUCUGAAAUUGGUAUCACGGAGCAAGAUGUUCAAGCUGCGAUAGCAAUCCGAGCUGACGAUAGAACCCAAGCGUUGGUGAGACAAAUCACUGAUGCCGAUUGUUGCAGCUGCUUUAGCACCGAUAGCGAGGAUGAAAGUGGACUUCUUGUGAUCACAGGUUGCAUUCAUUGCAUUUGUAGGAGCUGUUUGAACGAGAUAGAGUCACAGCAGGAGCCCAAUGGCGGAUUAAUCAACUGUCCUUCUUGCCACUCUAGAAUUCAAGAGACCAGCCCGCUAAAAGUUGUGCGCGAAGUUGUGAAACGUGCACCUGCUGAAGGCACGUUUGAGGAGAUAAGCGAGCUUGUCAAGCAUCAGUUCAAGCAGCGGCAGAAACGAACCCAAAAAGAGAUGCUCAUGUGGAAGCAAAGUAUCAACGAGCUGGUUGAAGAACACAACGAGAGGUAUGAACAAUCACUUGAGGACCACACCGAUGCGGACGCAGUUCUUCGUGAUUUUGAAGUGCUGAAUCCCGGAGUUCGUUUCGAAGAGAGCACCGAGAACGACGAAAUUGGGGAAGACGAAGGCGAGCUUGACCAGCAUCGCAUUGUUCAGGUUGAUUGCAGCUCUGCCUGCGGGCGUCAAAUCAACUAUGCUUUGGACAUCGACAGAGUUGCUCAGCUGUUUCGCAUCCAGGGGGUUUUUGACGACGGGUGGAAGACAUCUGACAAAAUCGACGGCACCAUGUCUAUAUUAUACAAGAUCUGGCAGCAGAGCCCUACCGACAAGGUUAUUAUUUUCUCUUCAUUCACCUCCUUUCUGGAGAUAUUCACCAUUCCGCUCACCGCAGCCAGGAUUCCGUUCACAAUGUACACGGGCUCUAUGAGCGUAGAUGAACGCAACGAAUCACUUGAGCUGUUCCGGAAUGGUGUAGAAAAAGUCUUGCUGAUUAGUCUCAAAGCAGGUAACGUUGGCUUGACUCUAACCAGUGCUAAUCGAGUGAUUCUUGCGGAGCCGUUUUGGAACCCGUACGUUGAAGACCAGGCCAAAGACCGGGUUCAUCGCAUCGGCCAAUCCAAACCCGUGCACGUGUACCGGCUAUUCAAUCAGGACACUGUUGAAGAUCGCAUUCGCGGGAUCCAGGACAAGAAGCGAAAAGUGAUUGGUGCAGCAUUGGAUGCAAAGGCGAGCACCGGGGGCAGAGUUACAAGACAGGACCUGCUGUAUAUGCUUGGCAUGGCGCCGGCAGCAGCCUGA